AUGUCUCUCUCCCCAUGCCAGGCCCAGGGGGGCUUCAGUGCCCGCUCAGCUUGUUCUGCUCGCUCAGGGAGCCGCAGCAGAGGCAGCUUCAGCAGCAGGAGCUUCAGUUCCUUUGGAGGGUGCCGAGGAGGCUCUCGUGGGAGGACCUGGGGGUCCAGGGGAAGGCUGGGGGUACGGUUUGGGGAGGGGAGUGGUGGGCCUGGGCUUUCUCUGUGCCCUCCGGGUGGCAUCCAAAAAGUGACCAUCGACCAGAAUCUGCUGACUCCGUUGAAGAUUGAGAUCGACCCCCAGUUCCAGGUGGUCCGGACUCAGGAGACCCAAGAGAUCAGAACUCUCAACAACCAGUUUGCUUCCUUCAUUGACAAGGUGAGGUUCCUGGAGCAGCAGAACAAGGUCCUUGAGACAAAAUGGCACCUGCUGCAGCAGCAGGAGGUGGGUGGCCGUCCCCGGGACCUGAAGCCUGUCUUGGAGGCCUACCUGGCCCAGCUCAGGGGGCAGCUGGAGCAGCUCCAGAAUGAACGAGGGACUCUGGAUGCUGAGCUGAAGAGCUGCCGGGACCAGGAGGAGGAGUAUAAGACCAAGUACGAGAAGGAGGCCCACAGGCGCGCCACAGUGGAAAAUGACUUUGUGGUCCUCAAGAAGGAUGUGGAUGAGGUUUUCCUGAGCAAGAUGGAGCUGGAUGGCAAGCUGGAGGCCCUGAGAGAGUACAUCACCUUCUUGAAGCGUGUGUAUGAAGAAGAGCUAGGCCAGCUUCAGACCCAGGACAGCGACAUGUCUGUGGUCCUGUCCAUGGACAACAACCGCUCCCUGGACUUCAGCGACAUCAUCACCGAGGUCCGUGCCCGAUAUGAAGAGAUCGCCCAGACCAGCAAGGCUGAGGCCGAGGCGCUGUACCAGACCAAGUACCAGGAGCUCCAGACAUCUGCCCAGCUUCAUGGGGACAGCAUGAAGGAGACCAAGGUCCAGAUCUCCCAGUUGCACCAAAUGAUACAGAAGCUGGAGAGUCAGAUUGAGAACCUCAAGAAGCAGAUCACCCACCUGCAAUCAGCCAUUGCUGAUGCUGAGCAACGUGGUGAACUGGCCCUCAAGGAUGCUCAGGCCAAGCUGGAUGAGCUGGAGGGUGCUCUGAGAAAAGCCAAGCAAGACAUGGCCCGGCUGCUGCGUGACUACCAGGAGCUGAUGAGCACGAAGCUGGCCCUGGAUGUGGAGAUCGCCACCUACCGCAGGCUGCUGGAGGGCGAGGAGUACAGGAUGUCUGGGGAAUGUCCCAGCCAAGUCACUAUCUCCACAGUGGGAGGCAGUUCGGUUAUGACCGGAGGAGCUGGUGGAGGCCUGGUGGGCACUUGUGGUCUUGCCAGUGGGAGAGGCGGCUUUGGGUCCGGCUGCUCCAGCAUCGUGAUUGGAGGUUCCAGUGUUGUGACUGGAGGUUCCGGUGUCAUCAUGGGCUCUGGGCAGGGCUCUAUGUUGGGUUCCUGCUCUGUGUCUGGCUCUGGCUCUGGCUCUGGCUCCAUCUCCAGCUCACACACCAUCCUGAAGAAGACAGUCGAGUCAAGUCUGAAGACAUCUGUCACGUACUAAGCUUCCCGGCAGCUACUGGCUUCCUGAGCCCACUUGGCCCUGCUCCCACUUCAUCCCAGGCUCUGCAUGGCCCUCUCUGUUCACUGCCCACAGUUCAGCCAACUUCUGCAAAAGUCAAUAAAGUCUCACUCA